ACCGAUUCCAUGUGUCAUCCGAGGUCAGUCUUUUCGUGAAACAAUUUUCGAUCACCCUCGUUAAGUAUGCGGCUCUCUUGGUGUUUGAGGAUGCCAAGAUGUCCUCCACCGGACAGGUAUUACAGGAAACAGAAAAUAUUCCAAAUAUCUAAGCAUUUUGGAUACCGAAGAGCAAAUUGUUAUUCUCUGGCUGUGCGAUCGGUGCAUAAAGCAUUAAUAUAUUCAACAUCUGCUAAAAUUAAAAAGAAACGACGAAUGAGGAAGCUAUGGAUAACCAGGCUAUCAGCAGCCACAAAAGAACAUCACCUGAAAUAUCAUCACUUUGUUCAAAACCUUAAUAAGUCUAAUAUUUUACUGAAUAGAAAAAUACUGUCGGAGUUGGCAAUCUAUGAACCCAAGUCAUUCACAAGUUCGCCAUCUAGCGUUCCGGACGAUUCCCCAAGUCCAUUCCAGGGCCAAGAAAGAGAGUGCUCAAAAGACAGCUCGCCGCUUUUUGAUGAAUGA